CGCUCAUAAUUCAACCGCUCCCAUCUUCCAGCUCGCUCCGCACCUCUCAUCCUGAUCUCAGCCCCCGGUCUAGUCUUUUUCGCUGACACAGUGCCUUAAACAAUAUUUUCGCCCUUCAGACCAUAGCCGCAAAACACCCGCAGACAGCCAUGGCCAAAACUGCAAUUGCAUACAAAGAGAAGAUGAAGGAGCUGUCUGUUUUCUCCCUCAUCUGCUCCUGCUUUUAUCCAGAGGCACGCAACAAGCUGGUCGUCUGUGAGUUCGAAGACAUGGAGGUGAAGCCAAUCAACAAGCGGGCGUCGGGCCAGGCCUUUGAGGUGAUUCUGAAGCCCCCCUCCCCGGUGUCAGAUGCGGCCCACAGCAUCACUUCGCCCCCCAAGAGGGAAGUGUCCCUAGAGGACAUCCAGAAGAAAUUGGAGGCAGCUGAGGACCGGAGGAGGUCCCAGGAGGCCCAGGUGCUGAGGGCCCUGGCAGAGAAGAGGGAGCAUGAGAGGGAUGUGCUGCUCAAGGCCAUGGAAGAGAACAACAACUUCAGCAAAAUGGCAGAGGAGAAGCUCACCAUGAAGAUGGAGCAAAUCAAGGAGAACCGGGAGGCCCACCUGGCAGCCAUGAUGGAACGCCUGCAGGAGAAGGAGAGACACGCAGCCGUGGUGCGCAGGAACAAAGAGCUGAGGGAGGAGCUGACAGCGUGAGCCCCACCUCUCCCCAACGUCCACCAAUCACGUCCCUCCACCCAGCCUCACCCCUGGAAACUCCACAGCAGACAGCAAGCCCUGGAGUCCUGGAGGGUGGAGGACUUCACUACCAACACACUACACCACCCACCCUGACCCAUCCACCACACACACACACACACACACACACACACACACACACACACACACACACACACACACACACACACACACACACACACACACACACACACACACACACACACACACACACACACACACACACACACACACACACACACACUCAGUAUUAACAGUAUUUUCCAUUAGAUAAUUCAUGAAAACAUGGGUAUUAUUUUGUAAAUACUUCCUUUUUGUAUCUAUCUUGAUGGGUAGGCUAGGCUGAUUGAGCGCAAACAAGUGUAUCAAAUGCACUGUGUUGUACAAUUUCAAAUGUUUCUUUUGUUAUCUAAUUAUUUAUUGGUUCUUGAAAUUUGAAUCUACAAUUAUUUCUUUGUGAAAGUCUUUUUUGGUGUUGUGAGUUGGUUGUUAGCUGACGUUUGCAUUGUUUUCUGAUGAUGUCAGUUUCUGUGUCUUUGUGAAGAAUGUUAACAGGUAGUGAACUCAGACUCCUGACAGCGCAUCCCAUCUUAUCACCUCACACACACACGCACACACACACACACACACACACACACACACACACACACACACACACACACACACACACACACACACACACACACACACACACACACACACACACACACACACACACACACACACACA